AGGGCGCUCGGCGGCGGCGCAGCUCCGAGCCCGGUCCCGGUCCCCGGUCCCCGGUCCCCGGCAUGGCCCCGCAGGGCAGGUGGCUGCGAGCCGGCGUCUGGCUGCUGGCCUGGGCGGCUGCGUGCGGGGUGCGGGCCAGCGGCUGCCCCGCGCUCUGCACCUGCAGCGGCACCACCGUGGACUGUCACGGCACCGGGCUCCGGGGCGUCCCCAAAAACAUCCCCCGCAACACGGAGCGAUUGGAGCUGAACGGGAACAACAUCACCCGGAUCAACAGGAACGACUUCUCGGGGUUGAAGCAGCUGCGUGUCCUGCAGCUGAUGGAAAACCAGAUCAACGCGGUGGAGCGGGGAGCAUUUGACGACAUGAAGGAGCUGGAGCGGCUACGGCUGAAUCGGAACCAGCUGCACACACUGCCGGAGCUUCUGUUCCAGAACAACCAGGCCCUGUCGCGACUGGACCUGAGCGAGAACCUCCUCCAGGCCGUGCCGAGGAAAGCCUUCCGCGGAGCCACCGACCUGAAGAACCUACAGCUGGAUAAGAACCAGAUCGGCUGUAUUGAGGACGGGGCCUUCCGCGCGCUGCGGGGCCUGGAGGUUCUGACACUGAACAACAACAACAUCAGCACCAUCCCCGUGUCCAGCUUCAACCACAUGCCCAGACUGCGAACCUUCCGCCUCCAUUCCAACCAGCUGUUCUGCGACUGCCACCUGGGCUGGCUCGCGCAGUGGCUGCGCCAGCGCCCCGCCAUCGGGCUCUUCACACAGUGCGCCGGGCCCCCCCCCCCUCCGCGGCAUCAGCCUGCCCGAGCUCCAGAAAAACGAGUUCAGCUGCUCAGGUGA